UUACAGACAUCAAUUGUUGUACAACAUCAUGGCUAUGCUGUUGGCAUCAACGUUUACACUGGAUUACCGCUGUUGUGGGCCUUUAAUCACCUGUCUGACUUUGUUGUUCACACAGGAGAGAGACGUGACUAUGGUGGAUCCUCUGCUGAGCCUCAACAAACUCAUGAUGCUGAGGAGACAGAGAAGAGUCUCUCCAGGUCAGAACACCGCAAUAAACACCCGCAGAGACCCACAGGGAAGAGAACCUACUGCUGCUCUGACUGUGGGAAGAGAUUCACAUCAUCAGGCAUUAAAAUUAAUCAGAGAACACACACAGGAGAGAAACGUUAUAGCUGUGAUCAAUGUGGUAGGAGUUUUAGUCGAUCUGGAAAUCUGACAGUGCACAAGAGAAUACACACAGGAGAGAAACCUUAUAGCUGUGCUCAAUGUGGGAGGAGUUUUAGUCGAUCUGGAGAUCUGACAGUGCACAAGAGAAUACACACCGGAGAGAAACCUUAUAGCUGUGAUCAGUGUGGGAAGAGAUUUACUCAGUCACACAGCCUGAUACAACACCAGAGAAUACACACAGGAGAGAAACUUUAUAGCUGUGGUCAAUGUGGGAGGAGUUUUAGUCGAUCUGGAAAUCUGACAGUGCACAAGAGAAUACACACAGGAGAGAAAUCUUAUAGCUGUGAUCAAUGUGGGAAGAGAUUUGCUACACCUGGCCACCUGACUCUACACCAGAGAACACACACAGGAGAGAAACCUUAUAGCUGUGGUCAAUGUGGGAGGAGUUAUAGUCGAUCUGGAGAUCUGACAGUGCACAAGAGAAUACACACAGGAGAGAAACCUUAUAGCUGUGAUCAGUGUGGGAAGAGAUUUACUCAGUCACACAGCCUGAUACACCACCAGAGAAUACACACAGGAGAGAAACCUUAUAGCUGUGAUCAAUGUGGGAAGAGAUUUGUGACACCUGGUCACCUGACUCUACACCAGAGAACACACACAGGAGAGAAUCCGUAUAGCUGUGAUCAAUGUGGGAAGAGAUUUGCAACAUCUGGCCACCUGACUCUACACCAGAGAACACACACAGGAGAGAAAUCUUAUAGCUGUGGUCAAUGUGGGAGGAGUUUCAGUCGAUCUGGCUAUCUGACAGUGCACAAGAGAAUACACACAGGAGAGAAACCUUAUAGCUGUGAUCAAUGUGGGAAGGGAUUUGCUACAUCUGGCAACCUGACUCUACACCAGAGAACACACACAGGAGAGAAACCUUAUAGCUGUGGUCAAUGUGGGAGGAGUUUUAGUCGAUCUGGAGAUCUGACAGUGCACAAGAGAAUACACACAGGAGAGAAACCUUAUAGCUGUGAUCAAUGUGGGAAGAGAUUUACUCAGUCACACAGCCUGAUACACCACCAGAGAAUACACACAGGAGAGAAACCUUAUAGCUGUGAUCAAUGUGGGAAGAGAUUUGUGACACCUGGUCACCUGACUCUACACCAGAGAACACACACAGGAGAGAAUCCAUAUAGCUGUGAUCAAUGUGGGAAGAGAUUUGCAACAUCUGGCCACCUGACUCUACACCAGAGAACACACACAGGAGAGAAACCUUAUAGCUGUGGUCAAUGUGGGAGGAGUUAUAGUCGAUCUGGAGAUCUGACAGUGCACAAGAGAAUACACACAGGAGAGAAAUCUUAUAGCUGUGAUCAGUGUGGGAAGAGAUUUACUCAGUCACACAGCCUGAUACACCACCAGAGAAUACACACAGGAGAGAAACCUUAUAGCUGUGAUCAAUGUGGGAAGAGAUUUGCAACAUCUGGCCACCUGACUCUACACCAGAGAACACACACAGGAGAGAAACCUUAUAGCUGUGGUCAAUGUGGGAGGAGUUUUAGUCGAUCUGGCUAUCUGACAGUGCACAAGAGAACACACACAGGAGAGAAACCUUAUAGCUGUGGUCAAUGUGGGAGGAGUUUUAGUCGAUCUGGCUAUCUGACAGUGCACAAGAGAAUACACACAGGAGAGAAACCUUAUAGCUGUGAUCAAUGUGGGAAGGGAUUUGCUACAUCUGGCAACCUGACUCUACACCAGAGAACACACACAGGAGAGAAACCUUAUAGCUGUGGUCAAUGUGGGAGGAGUUUUAGUCGAUCUGGAGAUCUGACAGUGCACAAGAGAAUACACACAGGAGAGAAACCUUAUAGCUGUGAUCAGUGUGGGAAGAGAUUUACUCAGUCACACAGCCUGAUACACCACCAGAGAAUACACACAGGAGAGAAACCUUAUAGCUGUGAUCAAUGUGGGAAGAGAUUUGUGACACCUGGCCACCUGACUCUACACCAGAGAACACACACAGGAGAGAAUCCGUAUAGCUGUGAUCAAUGUGGGAAGAGAUUUGCAACAUCUGGCCACCUGACUCUACACCAGAGAACACACACAGGAGAGAAAUCUUAUAGCUGUGGUCAAUGUGGGAGGAGUUUUAGUCGAUCUGACAGUGCACAAGAGAAUACACACAGGAGAGAAACCUUUUAGCUGUGAUCAAUGUGGGAAGGGAUUUGCUACAUCUGGCCACCUGACUCUACACCAGAGAACACACACAGGAGAGAAACCUU